AGCUUCCGCUCAAUAUGAUGGUUCACAUGGUGGCCAUUAAUCUCACUUCUACCAAUUACCUCCUGUGGCGUAGCCAAUUCGUUUCAUUGCUUGAAAGUCAAGAUCUCAUGGGCUUCUUGGAUGGGUCUUCACAUGCACCCACAACCUUGGUUCGAGAGGGUUCCAAUCAAGUUCCUAAUCCAACUUACAAGAAAUGGCAUAUGCAAGACAGGAUGUUGCUCUGCCUCAUUUAUGCUUCUCUUAUAGAGGAAUGUAUGGCUGAGGUUGUUAAUUCCUCAACUGCUCGUGAUGCUUGGUUGACUCUCGAAGCAUCAUUUUCUCACAACUCCAAGGCAAGAGAAAUUCAAUUGAAAGACGAACUUCAGCUAAUGCAGUGUGGCUCUCGCAGUGUGGCUGGAUAUGCUCGUUCUUUUUGCUCUCUUUGUGAUCAACUUAGUGCUAUUGGCAAAUCGGUUGAUGACACUGAUAAGAUGCCGCUGCCUUCCUUCGCCAAUUUGGUUCCCAAAGCUCUGAGUCAUGAGCUUUUCUCUCGGUCCAUUCUCGGUGAUUCUUUUCAGCAGUCGGCUUUCAUUGCACAACGUCGUUCUUUUGCCAACUUUACUGGUUGCAACAAGCAGGAAAUUUCUGCACAAGGUUCAGCCAAUUCCACUAAAGGGUCUAUUGUUGCUUGCCAGUGGUGCGGUAAAGGAAAUCACACCACCAAAAAGUGUUAUAAACUUGGCAAAUUAUUGAAAAAAGGUCAAGGCUGGUGGCUUAAUUGAAGCUUUCUUUGCCACCUCUCUUGAUAAUCCCACUGAUUCCGAAUGGUACGCAGAUAUUGGAGCAACUUUGCAUAUGACAAAUGAUGCUGCGUCUCUUGACAAUUCUGUCCCUUACAAUGGUAAUCAACGGGUGUUUGUUGGUAACGGUUACUCAUUGCCUAUCUCUUGAACUGGCUCCAUCUCAUCCAUUUUUGCUCCCAAAUCAUUAUCAUUAUCUGAAGUUCUCCUUGUUUCUGGCAUUGCUAAAAAUCUUUUGUCUAUCAGUAAGCUUACUCAUGAGAACAACUGAUCAGUAACCUUUUCUUCUAUUGGCUUUACUAUACAGUAUCUAGCAACAAGAGCGGUGGUGGGAGUCGGCCGAUGUGAGAAAGGGCUCUACAUUCUUGACCGUGUCCGUGCAAAUUUUUUAUCUACUUUUUCUUUAUAUACUUCUCAUGCUACAUUUGAUAUUUGGCAAGCACGAUUGGGACAUCCUUCUUCUCGCAGUGUUUCUUUUUUGAAUAAGCAUGGGGAUAUUACCAUUUCUAAUAAAAGCAAGCUUGAUUCUGCACCUUGUUUUGGUUGUCAAUUGGGAAAAAAUCAUUGUUUACCUUUCUCCAAUUUAGAUCAAUGUUGCUUCUCAUUAUUUGAAAGCAUACAUUGCGAUUUAUGGGCCCCUUCACCCAUUACUUCUCCAUCCUAAUGUGGAUAUUAUUGUGUAUUUAUUGAUGAAUUUUCUCGCUUUAGUUGGAUUUUCACUUUAAAGAUUAAGUUAGAUUUCUUCGAUAUUUUUGUCCGUUUUUUAUGAGUAUGUCACUACUCAAUUUGACAGAAACAUUAAAUCCUUCCAAUGUGAUGGUGGCACGGAGUUUACCAAUAACCGCUUUACCUCUUUUCUCCACGAGGGUGGUAUAGUUCAACAUAUUUCUUGUCCUUACUCCUAGUCAAAACGGUAUUGCUUAGAGAAAACAUCGUCAUAUCUCUGAAACUGGUCUCACCCUCAUGUUUCAUUCUAGUGUUCCAUUACAUCUUUGGGUGGAGUCCUUCUCAACGGCUUGUUAUCUCAUCAAUCGCCUCCCAUCACCGGUUCUUGCAGGGGAAAACCCCUUAUGCGAUUUUAUAUGGUAAAGCUCCUUCUUACUCGUCACUGCGCAUUUUUGGUUGCCUUUGAUUUCCUUUCUUGUGUCGCUAUAUGCCUCAUAAAUUGUCUCCUCAUUCAAUUCCUUGUGUUUUCUUAGGCUAUAGUCCUCUCCGUAAAGUUUUUUGGUGUUUGGAUAAAAACACUAGCAGAGUAUAUGUCUCUCGUCAUGUGCAUUUUUUUGAGGAUCAUUUCCCUUAUGUCACAUCAAGUUUACCAACUUUGGUUUCUACAAAUUAUGUCACUUUUAUUGAUCCUCUUGAAAACUCUUUGUUGUGUGAAAAUAAAUCUUGUACAGGUGUGACUUCCACCCAUUGCGAGGCUCCCAUUUUUUGUGCUCCUUGUACAAACAACAACAACAAUUUGCUGCCACUUGUGCUGCCCACAUUCCACCACGCCAACUUUGAGGCGUGGUAUUAGAGGAGAAUUCGGAGACAAUCAAGAGGAUUCUCCACAUGUAUAGUAGUUUUUUAAAUUUCGAAUAGUAAAUUUGUUAUUAUGUUGUAACUUUAACAUAGAGAAACGUUAACAUAUACAAUUGUAAAUAUUUCUAUAAAUAUGUAGAUCCUAACAUCAGUUAUGCUUGAGGCGUUACCUUCUCAGAUGUCAUUUUCUGUUGUUCAUUUAUUGUUUCUUAUCUGUCAUAGUACUUGGUGGCUUGCUUAAAUGGUCUAACUUUGACUGUUGAAACUGGGACUGGGACUUAUUUAUUAUCUUUUCAGAAUAUAAAUGGGUUCAAGAGUACCAAAGGCAGCUCCAGCAUUGAUGAAGUUGGGCAUUGUUGGGGGUGUUGGUCUGUACGCUGCUUUUAACAGUCUCUACAAUGUUGAAGGAGGACAUAGAGCGGUUAUGUUUAAUCGUAUAUCUGGUGUCAAAGAUAAGGUUUAUCCUGAAGGAACACAUCUAAUGAUUCCUUGGUUUGAGAGGCCAAUUAUUUAUGAUGUCCGUGCACGCCCCCAUCUUGUUGAGAGUACUUCUGGGAGCCGUGACCUUCAAAUGGUUAAGAUAGGACUCCGAGUCCUUACGCGUCCUGUGGCAGACCAGUUGCCUGCGAUAUACCGAACUCUUGGGGAGAACUACAAUGAAAGAGUCCUACCUUCGAUAAUUCAUGAGACUUUAAAGACUGUGGUUGCGCAGUAUAAUGCAAGCCAACUUAUUACUCAGCGAGAGGCUGUAAGUCGGGAAAUACGGAAAAUAUUAACAGAUAGGGCAGCCUUCUUCAACAUUGCGCUGGAUGAUGUGUCAAUUACAGGCCUGACUUUUGGGAAGGAGUUCACGGCUGCAAUUGAAGCCAAGCAAGUAGCUGCGCAAGAAGCUGAGCGAGCCAGAUUUCUUGUGGAGAAAGCUGAGCAAGACAAGAAAAGUGCCAUCAUUAGAGCACAGGGGGAGGCCAAGAGUGCCCAGCUGAUUGGUGAGGCUAUUGCCAACAAUAAAUCAUUUAUUACUCUCAGAAAAAUAGAAGCUGCAAGGGACAUUGCUCAGACAAUGUCACGUGCUGCAAACCGAGUGCUCUUGAACUCAGAUGACCUCUUGCUGAACCUUCAAGGGUUGAAUUUGGAAAGCACGGGUGGCAAGAAUUAACCACCAGCGGUGUGGCUUUUUAACAUCUUUCAGCGGGCAGGACAUAAAUUUUUAAGGAAAUAUCAUCAUAGUAAACAAAGUGAUUAGUUCCCUGAUAAAGUGAACUGCACAGAAAUUAAUCUCAUGGUGGAAAUUUGUGAAUGUUCAGCCAGAGAAAAAUGCCCCCCCUGCAGAUUUUGAAUAAUAGCGGAUGCAUUGUUUUUUUCUAGUUUGGAAUUGAGGUUUUGUUUCUUAUUUGA